UGCUAUGUUCAGUGUGGACAGGACUCCUGAGGUGAAAGGAGGCCGCCAUCCCCGGUGGCACUACACCCCGCGGCCUGUUGAGUCUGUGCAGGGACAAGGGACCAAGCGGCAUCUCGCACCGGGGGCUCAUCAUGUUACGAGCCGCAAUUGGAGUUGGGAAUGGCCCCAAGGCAGGAGGAGCUGGAAGGAACAGCAGCAGACAGGGACAGCAGCUGCAGGAGACCAGCUGGUUGAGGCCAGGAGGAGCUGGCAGUAGCAGAAGGAAUCAACAGUACAGAGGGAACUGGCAGCUACAGGAGGAGAUGGAGCCAAGGAAGCAGCUGGUGGUGCAAAACAAGAAGUAUUUGGUGGAACAGAAUCCUUAUAUAUACCUGACUAGCCAGUGGAGGAGCCAACAUGGGUGGCAGCAGCUUUCUAUGAAGGGUCAACAACAUCAGUGGCCUGCAACAGCAGGCAGGACCCUGAUGUGGGAGAGAAGGAGCCUGGGAGAGUUUUCUCUCUGGCCCUAUGGCACUGUGCAUAGGCAGCCAAGGGCUGCCCACACCUUUUCUAGAUGGCACCACUGCAGACUCCCCAGAAGGAGGCAGUGUUGGUGGAUGGAGGGAGGCAAUAGGAAGGGAUCCUGGAAGAAGAAGCAAGCAAAGCAUUGGAGCAUAGCACAGCGCCGCUGGGUCCCCAAGUGCCGUGUGCCAGCAAGCAUGCGUGCAGCAGUAGCUGCACUGCUACGACCUAUGAACCUGUGUGGCUGGCGUGCACCAGGGAUGCGUGCACCAAGGAACACAACCCAGUUCAUCAUGCACCAGGUAUAUCAGGACAUGCGGCGACAGGAGAAGGAAGCAGCAGCAAACAAGGGAGUAGCAGUGCCCACUAUACUUGGGGAGAAGCCAGUUAUGCAGUACCACAAAGGAAAUAAUAUCUGCAAUCUGGUGGCAGAAAAUCUCUCCCACAUGGUCACCUUCUCUGCCAUGAGCCCAGAGAGGUGCAUCUCUGAUGGGGAGGGGAAGGAGAAGAAAUGACAACAAAGCCAACUUGACCCCUGCUGUCAGGACCUGGGGUCCUAUCUUUUUAUCUAUUGUGAGAUAUAAAAUAGAGUGAUGGGCAGCGGAAGGAAAGUGUCUGACUUGUAGAAUCAUCAGCUAUUAAGAGCAGUCCUGCUCUUGACAUUCAGGUCCCUAAAUAAAUAUAUAUCUGCACUCCUAA